UGGUAGAGGAGCAGAAAGAAGCGGUGCAGGAUUCAGAGACAUUGCUAGUGCGUUGUUUCUCCGUCUAUGAAACUGUGGAUGGCUGGUUAACCACACAGAAAAACACUUCAGGCCCUGCGCUUAUUCAGAUGUGCGUUCUUUGAAUGCGAUAAAGCGGAUAUUUUACUCACUUUUUACUGGACUCAAAGAGAAGAGCUGCAAGAUGAAAUACAAAAACCUAAUGGCUAAAGCACUGUACGACAACAUGCCGGAGUCCCCCGAGGAGCUGGCCUUCCGUAAAGGGGACAUCCUGACUGUCAUCGAGCAGAACACGGGAGGCCUGGAGGGCUGGUGGCUCUGCUCCCUGCACGGCCGCCAAGGCAUCGCCCCAGGGAACCGUCUGAAGCUGCUGAUUGGACCCAUGUUCGAGGCUCAGACGCCGGCCGCCGCUGCCCAUUCCCCCCCUCAGAGCUCGGCCUAUCAGCAGAAGGCUGGCUCAGGGGGGGCUCAGGGGAUCUACCAGGUGCCACCGUCCCUCCAGAGUCCACAGCAGCAGAGUGACCAGAGCAUCUACCAAGUUCCUCCUGGACAAGACGUCUACCAAGUCCCACCAAGGAGCACUCUAGUUGCAAAUAACACCUCGAGCAAGGUGGUGACCCCGACCAGAGUGGGACAGUCCUACACCUUCAGCCCCGGCCAGCACAACCAGCAGGACCUCUAUGAUGUCCCACCCAGUAGAUCACAGGGGGUGUAUGAUAUUCCACCUGGUCAGAUGUUUCCAGGUAGAAACCAAGGAGUCUACGAUGUUCCUCCGCCUCAAAUGGACCCCAGGACACAAGGCGUUUACGACAUCCCUCCCUCUUCACAAGGGGUGUACUCGGUGCCUCCCUGCAGGACCAACCCCGCCCUCCAGGAGGGAAACUACGACUUCCCGCAGCCUCUCAAACACAAACAGGAAGGCAUCUACGACGUACCGCCACCUGCCCUCACCAAGCCUGCAAAGAGCCCCCAGUCGCAUUAUGAUUUCCCCCCCACUGUGGAGCCUGCUGUUCAUCACCCACACCCAAGUACAAACAGCAACGAAGGCAUUUACGAUGUUCCUCCAACCGCCCUUCAUACGGGGGCAGGGUCUCAAAGAGACAUAUACGACAUCCCCCGGGGCAUGCAGCCCUCCCAGCACAGAACCUCGCCCGCCGACAGAGACGGGAGCAAAGGCAUCUACGACAUCCCCGCUCAGGAUGCUCGUGCAGUAGCGGAUGUGACGGACGGCGUGAACCGCCUGUCGUUCUCCAGCACGGGUAGCACGCGCAGCAGCAUGUCCACCUCCUCGUCCUCCACGGGCUCCGGCUCCGAUGGCCGCCUCACUCUGGAUGUGGACGCGGCCGUGCAGAGGUUGUGCCGCCUGCAGCAGGCCGUGGAGGCCUCAGUCGGGGCUUUGCAUUCAAUGGCAGCUUCCCCUCACUGGAGGACUUUCCCCUUCAUGGAGCGCCACGCUAACGACAUCCGCACAGUGCUGGACAGGGUCCGCGCUGCUCUGGGGGACUUUGUUGUGUUUGGCAGAGGCGCUGCAGCGAACGCCACGGCUCUGUCGGACUCCAGCCUACACUGUAAGCUGAGACGGCAGCUGGGACGCCUGGAGGACUCGCAGCAGAUCCUCCUGCAGAUCUACCAAGUCCUGGAGAACUGCAGCUGGGCUCUGAACGCCCUGGCGUCCUCCAGCAAGCACCACAACAAGAGCGACGACCUGGAUCGCUUCGUCAUGGUCUCCAGGACUGUUCCCGACGACGCCAAGCAGCUGGCCUCCACGAUAGGCAGCAGUGCUGAGCUGCUGUUCAGGCGGACGCACAUGGACGGGUCUUUCUCUAUCGGGAGCACACCUGACGAGAACAUGAUCCACCCGCUCACCUCCCCCUCCUCCGAUAACGACAACUACGGAGGCCAGACCAAGCCCUUCCCCGUGCCCUCCAGCCAAGACAAAGACAACAUGAACAACAGCGAGAAGUGUGUGAAAAGCUGGAUGGAAGACUACGAUUACGUACAUCUGCAGGGUAAAGAAGACUUUGAACGUCAGCAGAAGGAACUGUUGGACAAAGAAAACAUCAUCAAGCAGAGUCAGGUCCAGCUGGGCCAGGAACAGAUUAAUCAGUUCAAGAAGCUGGAGCAGGAUGUGAGCAAACCCGUGGAGAACGACGUCACGCAGUGGAUGUCACUCUCGGGCACAACCUCGGCCUCCCCCUCUGAGUCUUCCUCCACCUUGCCCCCCUCCAAGCAAGUGUGCGCUCGGGACCGCCAGCUGCUAGGCUUCUACUCCGAGCAGUGCGAGCAGCACUUUGUGACGCUCCUCAGCGCCGUGGACGCCUUCUUCGGCUGCGUCAGCGCCGGGCAGCCUCCUCGCAUCUUCGUGGCGCACAGCAAGUUCGUCAUCCUCAGCGCCCACAAACUCGUCUUCAUAGGAGACACUCUGUCCAGGCAGGCCUCAGUGCCCGAGGUGGCCAACAGGGUGAUGAACUCCAGUAACGUGUUGUGUGACUUGUUAAAGACGGUGGUGGCCGCCACUAAAACGGCCGCCCUGAACUACCCGAACACAGCUGCCAUCCAGGAGAUGGUGGACAGAGUCACUGAUCUCUCGCACGACGCUCAGCAGUUCAAAGAACAGUUGCUGCAGUUGUCCAACUUGUGAUUUUCAACAGACUCUGUGUACAUUAAUCUUUACAUAAAUAUAUAUAUAUUUACAGUAUAUAUAUAUUAUAUAUAUUGCUCUUCAUCUUUAAGUUUUGGAUGUUGUAAAUAGUCUCUGUUCUGUAAAUAUUUGCUCUAUUUUUGUGUAGAUUUGUUUUAUAUUAUGGUAUGAAUAUAUAUGUAGCUGCAGUAUUGGUGUCUCUGUAGGAUUAUGUAGACAUUUUUCAUAACAUUCCUGUCACAUAUUAUGAAGCACCUUAUGAGAUGUCCUGUGUUUUUCAUGUUUGGCCUGUAGAGUGUCGUUGAUGUGUCUUACUGCUGGGUGUGACAGUAAAUCUCCCUGUAAAUGAUGUUAAUGUCGAUAUGUGUGUGUGUGUGGAGCUCUCCACAAAGUAAAGGAUUGUUCUUAAACCCUG